AGGUACCAAUAUGGCGGAGGCUUCUUUUGGAAGUUCGAGCCCAGAUUAUUUGGUUCCAGUUGGCUCUCUGUCUUCUGAGGAUCAUGAUUUCGACCCCACUGCUGAGAUGUUGGUCCAUGAGUAUGAUGAUGAACGGACUCUUGAAGAAGAAGAAAUGAUGGACGAGGGAAAAAAUUUCAGUUCUGAAAUUGAAGACUUAGAAAAGGAGGGAAACAUGCCUCUAGAAGAUUUACUGGCCUUCUAUGGCUAUGAACCUUCAAUUCCAGCAGUUGCAAAUUCUAGUGCAAAUAGCUCCCCAAGUGAACUUGCAGAUGAGCUGCCAGAUAUGACAUUAGACAAAGAGGAAAUAGCAAAAGACCUGUUAUCAGGUGAUGAUGAGGAGACUCAGUCUUCCGCAGAUGAUCUGACACCAUCUGUGACCUCCCAUGAGACUUCUGAUUUCUUCCCUAGACCUUUAAGAUCAAAUACUACAUGUGAUGGGGAUAAAGAAUCAGAGGCUGAAGAUGUUGAAACAGACAGUGGCAACUCGCCUGAAGAGUUGAGAAAGGAAAUAAUGAUUGGUUUCCAGUAUCAGGCAGAGAUUCCCCCUUAUCUUGGAGAGUAUAAUGGUAAUGAGAAAGUGUAUGAAAAUGAAGACCAGUUACUUUGGCAGCCUGGUGUGGUUUUGGAAAGCAAAGUUAAGGAAUACCUUGUUGAGAUUUCAUUAAGAACCGGAAAUGAAAAACUAAUGGAUCGGAUUUCUGCAGGAACACACACAAGGGACAAUGAACAGGCAUUAUACGAACUUCUCAAGUGUAAUCACAAUACGAAGGAAGCAAUCGAAAGGUAUUGCUGCAAUGGAAAGUCCUCUCAAGAAGGAAUGACUGCGUGGACGGAAGAAGAAUGCCGGAGCUUUGAACAUGCACUCAUGCUUUUUGGAAAAGAUUUUCAUCUUAUACAGAAGAAUAAGGUGAGAACUAGAACAGUUGCUGAAUGUGUAGCUUUCUACUACAUGUGGAAGAAAUCUGAACGUUAUGAUUACUUUGCUCAACAAACAAGAUUUGGAAAGAAACGAUAUAACCAUCACCCUGGAGUGACGGACUAUAUGGACCGUUUGGUAGAUGCAACAGAAGAUGUGGGUGGGACGGUAAAUUCUUCAGCCUUAACUUCUAACCGCCCUGAGCCUGUUCCUGAUCAGCAGCUCAACAUUCUGAACUCUUUAAGUGCCAGUGACUUGUCAGCUUUGACUAACAGUGUGGCGACCGUCUGCAGCCCGCCAGAUGUGAAUUGUUUGGAUGAUAGCUUUCCUCCACUGGGCAACACUCCCCGUGGACAAGUCAAUCAUGUGCCUGUUGUAACAGAAGAGUUACUCCCCUUGCCCAGCAAUGGGGAAAGCGAUUGCUAUAACCUGUUUGAGACUGGAUUUUAUCACUCAGAGCUAAACCCUAUGAACAUGUGCAGUGAGGAGUCAGAAAGACCAGCAAAGAGAUUGAAAAUGGGCAUCGCUGUCCCCGAAUCCUUUAUGAAUGAGGUGUCUGUAAAUAAUUUAGGUGUGGACUUUGAAAAUCACACACAUCAUAUCACCAGUGCCAAAAUGGCUGUCUCAGUGGCUGACUUUGGCAAUCUAUCUGCCAGCGAGACCAAUGGUUUCAUCAGCACCCACGCUCUGCAUCAGCACACCGCCCUGCACUCGGAGUGAAGCGGCCGGGAGCUUCGAAUAGCGGGUGUGCAGUACCAGUAAACUCGAGGGGAGCUAUCAGGUUUGCUUAGUCUUUCACUGGAAGUUUGAACCUUUUUCACUAUGACAUCAGUGAUGUCAGUAUGUAUAGAACUAUAUCUUGAUUUAUCAAGAGUAUUUUCAUUUUUCAAUCCAUAAAUGUGGAAAUGAACUAUAAUCAGCAGAGUUGGGAACUAAGAUUGAACUCUGUGGUGCAGCUUUAAGCUCUGCUUCUCUCUUCCUCACCCCCAGAUACCUCCACCCCACUCCCUCUGUUUUCUAUUUUUUCUGGUCCCCACUGCCCUCCUUCCCAGUUUAAAACCUGUAGACAGAGGCCACCAGCUCAAAACCAGCACAGAAGUUCUGAACUGAAUAGAGUGGCUUCUUUUCAUGUAAAUUCUUUUGCCGAAAUGGAUGCAGUGGAAAACAAUGUUUACAGGUACCAAUCUUGAUCCCUGCUUAAUGUAGCAUUUUUGUUGUUGUUGUUUUAUUUUUCUUAAUUAAAUAAAAGCAGGGGUAGGUUUCUUUAAACUGCACAAACAUGCAAGGUUUUUUUCUUUUUUUUUUUUUUAAUGGAAACUUCUCUCAUGUUAUUCAAGUAGAGCACUUCAGUUUACAAAACAGCAAAUCCAUCUAUGUGGAAGCCAGCACAAGGAACUGCGUGCAAAUUACGAAGACGCUUGCUUGGAUCCUUUUGCAAAAUUUUAGACCAGGGCUCCUUUACAAAGAAUGAGUCAUCUUACUGCCAGAAGAUUUCUGUGUAACUUCGUUUAUUGGCUAAAAAUCUGGCCUUUGGAAGAUGUGGUGUUCUGAUUGGAGUUUUGUCCACCAUUGUCAAGAUUGUAAUCUUAAAAAUCAAUACUGGUCAUUGUAUAAUUUAGUUUAUCCUGAGGAACAGUCUAAAAAGCCUCAGUUAUUACCAUUCAGUGGUUUACAUUUUGGGACACCCCUUCUGUUGUUUGUAGCACUGCAGUUCAAAGUGUUAAUAUUUAGGAGGGACUUCUAGACUUUAUACAUAAUGCAGUAGAACCUUGAAGUAUAUUUAAGCUUUUUUGUUUAGUUUGAUCAUUUGACAAGAAAAAUGUGAGUUCCUAUAUGAUACGGUACUUUACCACUUUAUGUUUCAAAAAUAUGGACAUUCAGAUGCAUCUCAAAUUUUAUUUUCCAAGCAUUGGUAGUGAGAAGCUAUCACCCUAAACUUUGGCCAUUUUGUUACACAGACUUUUGUAUAUUUUAAGCUCUAAGGUGAAUUUAAACAAUAUGUGAUAAACUAUUAUAAUAAACUAUCCUUUCAUAGAACAUUUAAAACAAUUUUACCUUACCCCUCUCCCAUGUUAAUGAAUUAAAAAAAAAAUUUAUUGUGUUGCUUUGCAAAAAACUUAAAUGUUUGACUGCAUUGCUGGUAUUUGUAAGCAUAAGUAGCUUCAAGGUUAUGCUGAUGAGUAGAUAGUAUGUAGUAACCUUAGUAGUGAUUGAAAGGGAGGGUAUUUAUUAUACAAACUGUGAACUGCAAUGACAUCCUUCCUUUUGGAUGAUGUGUGUUCUUGUUUUUCUUUGCAGCAUUUUAAUGAAGAUUGCUUUGAAGUGUUUACGCAGUAGCACAUUUACUAGAAAAUUUAGUUUAGCACAGUGGACAAAAGUAGUUAAAUUAAUAACUUAAAAAAACCAGUCUCUAAUUUAUACAUCUAAAGUCUAGCAUUCUUUUAUGCACACAGUGAAUAAUGGGUAGCCUGGGCCCUUUUGUUGCUUUCUGAUAUUUCAUCCAAGUUGUCAGCUUCUUAUUGCUGUGUUGUUGUGCUAAACUUUGAACCGUAUUUCUUGUGUUAAUAAUCAGUACAUUUUGUAAGAUACUGGCCAUAAUCUUCCAUUGUAACUUUACUUUUGACUCUGGGUUUACAGUGGCUGGUUUGUAUAAAAUAAUUUACACAAAGAUGACUGAAUGCUAAUACCAGUUGCACUUAAAUGAACAUGCCCAUUCUCAGUAGCUGAUGCAGUAAUAUAUUCAGUUUAUCUAUGCAUUGCUGGGAUCUUGAUAUAAGAUGGAAACGGUGUUUCCUAUCUAAAGUUUGGAUUAUCAGCAAGUUGAAUGGACACUUUAGUUAUUUAAUAAAGAUUUUUGACCAAAAUCCAGAAAAUGGUAUGAGAGAAAAAGAAAUUCCAGCUAGCUUAAUAGAUUUUUAAAUACCAACCUGAUUUUAGCCUCUUAGAGAGUGCUACCUAGCUGGUAACGUUUACUUUUAAUUCCUUGAUAAAAUGAGGCAAUAAUUUGCAAGAUUUUUGUAUAUAUAUGUAAAUUCUUCAUAUCUUUUUAGAUCUAAUUCAAUAUUUUCUGACUACUUCUACCGUGUAUAAAUACCAUUUUUGUGCAUGCUUGAUGUGACAUUCAUAAUUGUACCACUAUAACUUUAUCCAUGUAAGAUAGCUAUUUAUUGAAUUUUCUUUUAAAAGCUGGAUUUACUGUUGUUUUUCUUUCAGUUUAAGCAUUUUAACAAAGAAUUUGUUACUGUUUAUUAAAAGAAUUGCAUUUGAGAGCAUGAAAAUAGCAAAUUUGUAAUCAUAUGAAGAAACAAUGCCUUUCUUAUCAAGUGUUAAGCACAAUUCUUGUAACAAACUGUGAUGAAUUCUUUUUCUUUCCCUUUGCCACAUUAUUUUCGUAUGAACAAACCAAAAAUCCAUGGUGAGCAAUUGCAUUGUUGGCUGGUGUGUCUUUUAUGUACUGGGAAUUUGAAGAGGAGAGCGGAUUCAUUUAGAAAUGUAACUGGUGCUGUGACUAUAGCAAUACUUUACUUUUGUUAGUCAUACUUCAUCUUUUUCAUUCUAGCUUUUUAAAUGUUUAGUUUUCCUCUUGUCAUAGUCAACUGCUGAAUUUACUUGAAAGAUGUAGAAUACUGCUUAAAAAAAUACUAAAGUGUGUACAAUUAGGUCACCUGUUUUCCUUUUUAAUUUUUAAAAGGAAUUGUGCAAUUGUUUCCUUUUUAAUUUUUAAAAUUGAGGGUCAUAAAUAUUUGACAGUGUCAGAUCUAAUAGAGCAUAGUGAUACUAUUUAAUUUUACCAAAGUCUCUAGUGAGUAUUUCAACUUUGAAUGUAAACUAACAAAUGAACAUGACCACCAAGGAGAUUGUUUUUGCCCAGAGUUUCAAAGCACAUUGUCUACAAAUGGAAAUUGAAAUAAUUUAUAAGAAUAUUGACAUUGCUAUGUUUUUUAAAAAGUUCCUAAUUUUUCACUAAAAGGAGGAAACUGUUAGUUUUAUUGUUAAAUAUGGUAGAUAUUAAUAUUCUUCUUAGACAACCAGUGAUUCCAAUUGUCCCAGUUUGAAAUAAGUACCCUGUGAGUAUGAGAUAAAUUAGUGACAAUCAGAACAAGUUUUAGUAUCAGAUGUUCAAGAGGAAGUUGCUAUUGUUGCAUUGAUUUUAAUAUUUGUACAUAAACACUGAUUUUUUUGAGCAUUAUUUUGUAUUUGUUGUACUUUAAUACCUGGUGUACAGUUCCAGAAAUAAAAAUCUGGAAAUCUUUU